AUACCUAAGCCUUAUCGAUCACUCUCGAAUAAAUACCCUUGAUUUCAUCUCUCAAAACGUUAUGUUACAGUUGACAGUAUAUAAUUUGUACAUUCAGUACAUAUUUGCAUAGGAAUUUUCCUCAUUUAUUUGCUAUAAAAGGCCCACGAAAUAAAACAUUUGCUAGAAACAAGAUUAUCUUCGGUGUUGGCUACACAAAGAAAAUGGACCCGUCCAACACAAUCUUUAAUUUUUUGAACACAAUUCCAAUUCCGACGAUAAUACUCGCAAACCUAAAAAACUUAAUUGUUAGAAUUACAACACUUUUAGCCUUACUAAAUCAUGGCUUUGAUUCUGUGAUGAGUCCCAGCCCAUUAUUUUGGUCGUCUGAGAAUUAUGACUUCAUUAUUGUGGGGGGAGGUUCAGCGGGAGCAGUCGUGUCCAAUCGACUAUCAGCAAAUCCAAAUUGUAAAGUCCUGCUACUUGAGGCUGGUGGCAAUCCCACCGUUUUAAAUUCAAUCCCAGCCAUGGCGACGUAUAACUUACAUCAUCCUGACACCGACUGGAUGACACCUUCGGAGCCACUAACCACUUCCUGUUUUGCGUGCAAAGAUAACGUGAGAAAUUUCAAAAUUUGUCAAUCACCUUGCAAAAAAUCAAAUUUCCAUGAAUUAUUUAUCCAGCUUAUGACUUCUUUCCAUCCUCUCUUUAUUGAUAAAAAUGUUGUGAUAUACUGUAGAUCGAUUACAAUCGUGAGAGGAAAAAUUCUGGGUGGUUCGAGCAGCUUAAAUCUUAUGGUUUACAUGAGAGGAAAUCCGAAUGACUUUGACAACUGGGCGAAUCUUACCGGAGAUGUGUCCUGGUCUUAUGAAAAUGUGCUGCCCUACUUCAAAAAGUCGGAAGAUUACACUGGAAAUUAUCCUGACCGUAUCAUGGAACUGGGGGGCCCUUUAUCGGUGACUGCUAAACCUGAUGAUCCCCUCACGAGAGAUUGGAUGUCUGCCGCGAGAGAGAUGGGAUUCAACAACUCGGAUGCAAAUGCGUACCAGACAUCGACAUUUUUCCCUGUCGACCACACCACGAAGGACGGGCGGAGAUGGAGCACGUAUAAAGCGUUCAUUCAACCUGUACUGCAUCGGAGUAAUUUUAAAGUAAUUCGUUAUGCGCAUGUCACUCAGGUAAAUUUUGAUUCGACAAAACGGGCCGAGGGGGUCACGUACAUCAAAAAUGGGCGCACAUUCAGUGUGACAGCUUCAAAGGAAGUAAUCCUUUCGGCAGGCGCGAUAGGAAGUCCACAUCUUCUGAUGUUGUCCGGAAUCGGGCACUCUGACCAUUUGGAGUCCUUUGGGAUCCCAACCAUAUCAAACCUCGCUGUUGGAGAUAACCUUCAAGAUCACGUCUUAUCACUGACUGGACCUUUCAUUUUGAACGAUACUGUGUCCUACAUUUCCGACAGGGAUUUUAGUAUGGGAACUGCAGAAUUAUAUCUCCGGAAUCAUUCAGGGCCCCUAGCAUUUAGUGCCAUAUCCGCACUGGGACUGUUUAGUACGGCCCAACCGCCAGAACCGAAUUGGCCCAACUUGUUUGCAAUAUUUUAUCCGGUCGGGACCCACAAUUCAUUGGGGGAAGAUUUUGAUUUUCUCCUUGGUUUGAAGGAGGGGACCAUGAAAUCAUAUGCAAAUGGAUUUAUGGGAAAGGAUGCAACUCUUGUAGGUUUCAAUCUGGGACGCCCAAAAAGUAGAGGAACAAUUCGUCUCCGUUCAGCAAAUCCGCUGGAUAAACCGGUCGUUGAUUUGAACUAUUACAGUCAUCCAGACGACAUGAAGGAGAUGAUUAGUGGUAAGAUAUAUUUUCAUACAAAUGUACGUGAUUAUAAGCUUCUUGAGGAAACUGAAGCUUUUGGGAAAUACAAUGCGACGUUAAUACCAAACCAUUUCCCUGGAUGUGAAAGCCACACUUUGAGAACUGACGAGUAUUAUGAGUGUUUCUUGAGACAUUUAACAGGGACGACGUGGCAUCAGAGCUGCAGUGCAAAAAUGGGUCGUGCUGAUGAUCCAAAUGCUGUGUUAGAUUCACAAUUGAGGGUGCGUGGAGUGAAGGGACUGCGAGUUGCGGACGCGUCCAUAAUGCCAAGGAUAACGAAUGCUAACCCGAACGCACCAGUUAUUAUGAUCGGAGAGAAAGCAGCGAGUAUGAUAUUGGAUGAUUGGGAGAAAGGUUCAGAAUUUUAAACAUUAUAAGGUUUUCAUGAGUUUUGUCCCCACCUAUUAAGAAAUAUUUAUGUUCGGUUGUAUGAUUAUUAGCAGGUCAAACAUAAAGCUGCACAUAUGCUUAUUGUAAAAAUGUAGAUACAUACUCUUAUUUUUUCGGCAAUAAAACCACUGCAAUGUUAUUAUGUAGUAAUGGGAUUGAUGAUAUCGAGGGUUUUAUAGCCGCCGAAAAAAGCAGGAGUAAAUGUGUGUGUGCAUUUAAAUGGUUUCU